AACGUCGAUUCGGCUCGAACUUUGGAAAAGUUCACCGUGGUAGGCACCGCGGAUGCGAAACUGUAACUCCGACGAGUGAGAAGGUGUUCUUUUUUCGCCGAAAAACGGAGGUAAUAAGGAAGUAAUGUGUUUAUUGUUGCCGUAUUCAAUUAAGUGCGACUGCAGUGGAUUGCGGGAAAAGCAGUGAUCGCAAACGUGACCGAUAUAGUGUUCGCGCUGGUGUGCAAGUUUCGUUGAAAAUUGGGCAUCUUAAUUUCCCCACCAAGAAGAUCCGCAAGGAUUUUCGGGAGGAUGCCGGAAGGUCCGGAUAGAAUGGAAGAUUAUACCGCGAUUUAUGAAGCCUUACGAAACUUUCACGGUGAUUUGGUGCAAACGGGCAGUCCUGUCAUUAUGUGUUCCGUGCUACCGCCGCAUUGGAGGUCGAAUAAGUCCCUACCGGUACCGUUCAAGGUCAUCGCGCUUGACGAAAUCAAAGACGGCACUAUGGUUACUAUCCGGGCCGGUAAUGAAGACAAUUCCUGCGCCGAACUGAGAAAUUGCACAGCUAUCAUGAAGAACCAAGUCGCCAAGUUUAAUGAUCUCAGAUUCGUUGGCCGUAGCGGAAGAGGAAAAUCGUUUUCGCUGACUAUUCAGAUUAGCUCGACGCCGUUCCAAGUAGCCACAUACACCAAAGCCAUCAAAGUAACAGUAGAUGGACCAAGAGAACCUCGAUCCAAGUCAAAUUAUCAAUAUGGACCUGGAUUUCCCGGACUAGGUUUACUCACCCCCUGGCUAGAUACGACGUAUUUCGGAAGCCCCUGGUCACACAUAACGUCACCUGUUAUAAUUAAAGGGUCCCUGCCGAUACCAGCGCACCCGGAAUUGUUCUCGGGCUUCACGCCGCCAGUUGUGUCAUACCCGUUUAUGCCGUACCCACCAACAACGACCACCUAUGAACCGACCAGCACGGUGACGACGACGACGACGACGACGACAACCACGACGACGACAACGACGACGACCACGGGCAUGCACGCGAACAGUCCGUCCAGAAGCGCGUCGUCACUGAGCCCCAACAGUGGAUCUAGCAGCGGGUUCAGCAACGGAUCCGAGGGAGCAAGAGGUACGUGUGGCGAGGAGGCUCGAAGUGCCUUCAUACGCAUCAAAUUAAAGACCAGCGAGCCGCCGAGGCCAUCCACGACACCGGAACGAAACUCAUCGUCCCCCGAAAAAGAUUGCAGUGAGACGAAAAAAACGAAGGUGCCGAAGCCAGUAUGGAGGCCGUACUAAUCCAAGUAGGCGAGCAACAAGGCAUCGAUACUCGAUUCGAAACGCGGUGAGGAGAAAUGACGGAUGAAAGUCCUGCCGCAAUUGUCAAUAAGCAAUUAUCAUAUAUUGUAUAAACAGUGGCAAACGCGUACAUAUGUAACGUAAACUUAUAAUAAUUAUUUACGUGAAUACUAUUGAGAGAAAUAGUAUUGAGAGAAAAGAAUUAUACUUAAAAAGUAUGAUUCAAGCAGUAAACGCAAUAAUGAAAUAAACUCUCGCCUAGCGCCGCGUGCAGAUAGCGAACCGGCAGUAACUACGAAGUGAGACUCUCCAAUGAAUUUCGCAAGCCGAUGAAUGAGUGUCUCAUCUUCGUUAUUGUCCUAAUAAUGAUCUGAAAAUCUAUUAUUUUUCGAAGAAAUAAUACUGGCACGAUAUCUAAAAUAUUGGCAUUUAGAAGUGACAAUACUUGUGGAUAAAAAAACGUUCAUGAUAAUAAUCACGAAAUUUUUUAGUUGCUUAAGUAUAAAUUUCUCGAUAUCGCGACAAUUUGUAAUAUUAAUAUUUGUACAGCCACCAGAGAGUCACUACGCCUCGUUAAAAUUUGGCGUUGAUAUCAUAAUAUAUGAUAAUUGUACACAGACAAGUACAGUGGGGUUCUGAUUGGCCAUUUCUUUCCCUCGUGUUCUGAAUUGUCUCAUCAAGAGCCCCGUACUGUACUAUUUAUAUGUAUGGUUACGUUGGAAGGCUAGUGAUAAUGUUUAUGACGGACAUCCGGAACGGCCCGUCCUCGAUCCGAAGAUAAAAAAAUAAAAGUUUCCGAAGUAAAUGACAAAUCCUUGUUCUCAUCGUAUACCCGAAUGUAUUCUGCUUCUUCGGUUUUACGAAGACGCAGAUGGUGAGCACGAAGAAAUCACGGGACUAACGCGGGAAUAGUGAUUCAACCGGUAGCACAGUGGUACGACCGGUAAAUCGAUCGAAACCUAAAUGUUGUUCACAAUGCAUUUUUUGUAAGUGUAAAUAAUUGUAUAUAUUCGACUUGUACAUAUCGUGUAGAUAGUACAUGGACAAUAAUAUAGCAUAGAAAAGUGUGAAGACUUAUGUAUGCUACCGUCUCGGAAUACUUAAAAAUACACCAAUUAAGACAAGUAUAAAUAUUGUUACGUCCCGAGGUAUCCCGGAACUACCUCCUCCCCCCCUGUUUUCUAUCGCUCUUCUUUUUCGCUCUCCCUUUCCUACACUCUUCUUUCAUCCCGGUAGUCGCCUGUUGACAUCGUACCGUUUCUGCUUCCAAAAUCAAUUAUAAUGUUUGUAGUCUCGACCGUAUCGUUAUAUUUUGUUUCAUUAAAAUAAUUCACAUCUUUUACUUACAGCUUUUCGAGCUUAUUAAAUUCAAUUAAAUUAGAUCCGGCAGUCACUGCUGUCGAAUAGCAGAAGUAUCGUUACGCAGACUGACCACCAAAUUUUAAGCAAAAUAAGAAUCUCUUCAAGGAUCAUCCGUGAAGGCUCCGUGACUUAUCAGCGCGCGAAAGCCUAGUCCCCGCGUCAUUUACCAUUUAUAGAAAAUCUCAUAACUUCCCUCAUUUCUAUUAUUGUAUUAAAAUUCAAAAUUGAUCCGAUAAUUCCGCGCCUUCUGACCUUAUUGUCUCACCGAUCAUGCUCGGUGUAUGAAAUGGGUUAUGUUAUGCGAUUUUUAGAUAUCAUGUGCAAUUUAGAUAAACUAAAUUUUUCCGCUUCGUGAGAACGGAUGUGCAUGAUCCGACUCUCGUCUUAUCUCUGUAAACCUAAGACCACCGUGGAACACCAAGUCCGUUGGUGUUCCCACCGAAAAUGCUGACCAUUGCAGUUGCGGAAAGAAGAGGGAGACUAGAACGAGCUUAUAAAUAAAAACCUCUUCUUUAAGCAGUCAGUUCAGAGUUCCAAGUUCCGAGUCUCAAGUCUUGAGUCGUCAGUUGUCAGAUUCAGUUCUAUUCAAAACUAAGUUUUGAGUAUCGGUCUCCUUUUCAACCUUCGCGGUUCUUAGUGAAGUCACUUCGGUACCCAGUCAAUCACGAGAAAUCGCAUCUCUGAGAAAAUCCGUGUGGUGCAUCAGCAAGUGCCAGAUAUUGUGAGAAAUCUCAGCCAUGCAGCCUGCCUCCCCUCCCUCUUCUUUCAAGGGCAAAGUACUUCUUUCAAUCUACUAUAUUGAACCAGCCGACAUCGAAAGUCUACCUUUAUAAACUAAUAAUAAUAACACGAGCCGGUAUCCAUACUUCAAUACAGUCCGACGCAGUUAAUCUUAGUCUAUCCCUUCGGGUCAUUGCGAAAAACUUGUUGCCAUCUCGACCGAGAAUAAUCCAAAUUUCGUGAAGACGGUAAUAAAUUAUAUUACUAUUUCGUUUUAUUUUGUUCUUGUCUCUUUUCUUAUAGUCCUGUUAUUCCGAUCCCACUUCAAAACCACGCGUAAAAUCUUCCCACCUUCCCUCUCGGCUUAAUUAGCUGCUAAGCGUGGCGGAGCCGCUCCCGCUACGCAUGUCGCGGACCGUCCAGGACGUAACAAUAUCUUAUAUCUUAUAAAGAUAUUUUUUUCAAUUUAUUUUUUCAUUAUAUGCGUAAUCCGAGAUUAAUGCAUAAAAUUAGUUCAAAUAAACGUUACAUAACAUGAUUAAUUUUUGAAGGGUAUAUAAAUCGAUACUGUGAAUUGUUACUCUGCCAAAAUAAUUGAUUUCGAAAUUUGCAACUGAAUCGGUCCCUGUAAUCACUACGUCGAAAUCACGAAGGAGCUAUUGUGAAACUGUCCGAGAAGGUUUCGAUAUAAAAUCAUUUCGUUCCUUCCAUCAUACACUUGUAAUAAAUUAUUAUUAGUAUCUAUAUUGUACUCGGUAAGUUUUUAAUUUCAGCCUUUUCUCGCGAAUGAAAAGUCCACUUCAAUUAAAACGAUUAUCAAAAUCUCUCAGUGUCGUGAUCUUAAAUAAGAAUGUUACCAUUUAAUCUGUCGAAUGAUGUCAACAUAACAAUUUCAAAUCUUUCAAAAUUUCAAAAUUAAUUCAAAAUCGUAAUCAAGAACGGUUCCAUAAUAUCUCCUCUAAUCACACAAAACUAAAUCUGUAAAGAAAAGCGCUCACGUCAAAGAUUACGCAAGAGCGUAAAAGUAGCUCGAGAAAGAAUUCCGAAUAGGUCAAAAAGGGGCACAACUGACGCGAAACCCACGUCAGAAAAAGAAACCUAUUGAAGAAAGAAUCAAAAAGGUCGCAACAUGUGUUUUUCAACGUGCUCUGGAACAAACGAAAACAGCUCCAAAAGAGUCCGACGAUUUUUAAUUCAUUUUGAAACUAAUUAAUUUGAAUAACGUUGCAAUCAUUGCGUAAUUAGGCCAUUAUCCAAACGAAACAAUAAAAAUCUAUGAUCAACAAUCUACGGCUUGAGCUUAGAUAUUAGCCUGGUGAAAGGCAAUUUUGAUUAAAAAAUUUAAAAAAUAUAGUUUUAAUAAAAACAUAAUUAUACGUUUACUUAGUCUCCCACACGGUAGUGUACAUACGUAUAUUGAGUAUGUAUCUGCAAGAGAGAGGGUGGAUAUAAAUAAAUUAAAAUAUUAUUGUAAAUGAUACAGAUUCUUAGAUGUACAAUCAAUGAAAAGGAAAAGAAAUCUACGAGAGCAUGAAUCGCUAAUACUAAUAACGUUUAUGUAUACUGAUAAUGGACCUUAUAAAGAUAAAUGUUUCAAAGCGUGCAUGCACUAAACAUUUCGGUUCGCACUUCGAAACCUUCUCGAUGAUUUUCUACCUCUUACUGUAAGCCCUCCUUCCUUUUCGUCGAUUGUCAAGAAACGAUAACUAUAAAUGGCAGAGAUGCUAGAAGUGUAAUUUAAUGUAAAUCGGUUGUAUGUGGAUCUAAAAGAAUGCAAGAA